UGAACGCCCGGGUCAAACGCGAACCCUUCCCUUUGGCUGCUCGCACAGCCAGCCGUGGGUGGGGACAGAGACAGGAGCGAAGCCUUGGCCGAGUGGGCAGAUCUGAGCAAGGAGCGAUUGCUGCAGGGCUGCUGCACACCCGAUGGCUCAGGCUGCAGAGUGAGCGGCGCGCUCCUUCCCCUCCCGGCUGCUCUCGCCUCACGGAGCUGCAGCAUCGAGCCAAGGGUGCCGCAGGCGCCUCCAGCCAUGGCGGGGACCGAAGGCGUCACGGCAGAUGGAGUUCCAACAACUGCCUAUGCUUCUCCAGCUAGGAGUCUGGGAGACCCUGGAAUAACACCACUAUCUCCAUCACAUAUUGCGAACUCAGAUGCGAAUGAUGCAGACGAACAAUCAUUUCUUGUUGUUGUGGCUAUUGAUUUUGGGACAACUUCCAGUGGUUACGCUUACAGCUUCACGAAGGAACCAGAAUGCAUUCAUGUCAUGAGGCGAUGGGAAGGAGGAGACCCUGGAGUGUCCAAUCAGAAGACACCAACAACUAUCCUCUUAACUCCAGAAAGAAAGUUCCACAGUUUUGGUUAUGCAGCCAGAGAUUUCUAUCAUGACCUAGACCCUAAUGAAUCAAAGCACUGGUUGUAUUUUGAGAAGUUUAAGAUGAAGCUGCACACAACUGGAAAUCUCAGUCUGGAAACAGACCUGACAGCUGCAAAUGGCAAGAAAGUCAAAGCACUUGAAAUAUUUGCUUAUGCUCUGCAGUACUUUAAGGAACAAGCAUUAAAGGAGCUGAGUGAUCAGGAAGGUUCAGACUUUGAAAAUUCUGAGGUACGAUGGGUCAUCACUGUGCCAGCCAUUUGGAAGCAGCCUGCUAAGCAGUUUAUGAGGCAAGCUGCGUAUAAGGCAGGAAUGGCAACCUCUGAGAAUCCUGAACAGCUGAUAAUUGCUCUGGAGCCGGAGGCAGCAUCAAUCUAUUGCAGGAAGCUCCGUCUUCAUCAGAUGAUAGACCUGAGCAGCAAAGGACCUGUCAAUGGUUAUAACCCCAGUGACACCAUCAGCACUGGCUUUACUCCAGCUAAAGAACAUAUACGGCGUAACCGGCAGAGCCGCACCUUUUUAGUUGAAAAUGUCAUAGGAGAGAUCUGGUCCGAGCUGGAGGAAGGAGACCGUUAUAUAGUGGUUGACAGUGGAGGAGGGACGGUUGAUGUGACUGUCCACCAGAUAAGAUUACCAGAAGGACACCUGAAGGAACUCUACAAGGCAACUGGCGGGCCAUAUGGUUCUUUAGGUGUGGAUUAUGAAUUUGAAAAACUCCUGUGUAAAAUAUUCGGAGAAGAUUUCAUUGAGCAAUUUAAAAUCAAACGUCCUGCUGCCUGGGUGGAUCUGAUGAUUGCAUUUGAAUCUCGCAAGAGAGCAGCAGCCCCAGACCGGACGAACCCACUCAACAUUACUUUGCCUUUCUCAUUCAUUGAUUAUUAUAAGAAAUUUCGAGGUCACAGUGUGGAGCACGCCUUAAGGAAAAGCAAUGUGGAUUUUGUGAAAUGGUCAUCCCAAGGAAUGCUGAGGAUGAGUCCAGAUGCAAUGAAUGCCCUCUUCAAGCCCACCAUUGACCAAAUCAUACAGCACCUCAGUGAUCUGUUUGGAAAGCCAGAAGUUACUAAUGUGAAAUUCCUGUUCCUGGUGGGUGGAUUUGCUGAAGCUCCGCUACUACAGCAAGCUGUCCAGCAAGCUUUUGGCUCAAAAUGUCGAAUCAUUAUCCCCCAGGAUGUAGGACUUACAAUCCUCAAGGGGGCGGUCUUGUUUGGCCUGGAUCCUGCUGUCAUCAAAGUGCGCCGGUCCCCCCUAACCUAUGGUGUAGGUGUCCUAAAUCGGUAUGUGGAAGGAAAGCACCCUACAGAGAAGCUGCUGGUUAAAGAUGGCACACGCUGGUGCACUGACGUCUUUGACAAGUUCAUCUCUGCUGACCAAUCAGUAGCUCUUGGCGAGACUGUGUCACGCAGUUAUACUCCUGCCAAACCAUCACAGCUGGUCAUUGUGAUCAAUAUUUACAGCUCAGAACAUGAUAACGUCAGAUUCAUAACUGAGCCAGGAGUGAAAAAGUGUGGUACCCUCCGUCUGGAUCUCACUGGAACUGAUAUAUCAGUGCCGAGCCGGCGGGAGAUCAAAACGCUCAUGCAGUUUGGGGACACAGAGAUAAAAGCCAUGGCAAUUGAUGUUGCCACUUCUAAAAGUGUCAAAGCUGGUAUUGAUUUCCUAAACUACUAAUAUUCCUUCCCUGCUCACUGUUAUUUGAAUGCCAAUUUCUCUCAUUUCUCAUGUGUCACCAAAUGGAUUUGAAUUUUAGCUUGACUGACAAGGAUAGCCACAACAAAGGAACACACCAGGCUUCUUCUGUUCUUGAAGUGAUCUUUUCAGGACAACACACACACAGUUAUCAGGUGCUAAACAUUUAAACUGAAUAACCCAAAGUAGCUAAGUAUAUCAUAAGGAUAUAUGCCCUCUUCAUUGGAGAAAUAACUUGUUUUGCUUUACACAUACAUGUGAGUUCUAAUUUUGGCCAGGAAUAUAAAAAAUGAUCUCAUAUUUCUGGUCCUUAAGGGCCCAAUGCAUUAAACAUAUAUGUGGGCCUUUCACUUUGCUAUUUGCAAGUGGUCUCAUGAAUAUCAGUGAGAUCACCUGUGACAGUAAAAUGUCAUUUUUGCAUCAUAGUAAUGUUUUGUGACCUGCUUCUCUAAAAUAGUAGUAUGCUGUGGGAUACUAUUAACACCUCUGGAUGCUUGUUGGUGAUUAGCAUCAAUCACUUCUGACAUUUACAUAUUUAAAUAAGAAUGCUGGAUUCUAAAUAUCUGGCCAUCUAUUUUAAAGGAUAUUUAUAAACGAGGUCUAUGGAUUGGCUUUCUUUAUUAAUAGGAGGUUUAUUCUAUAAAGACAUAGAAUGUUUGCCUUGGCAUUUAUUUUUGUUUGCUUCUGCUGAGGAAAAAAAAAUUCCAAGCUGCAAAACAUAAUUGUCUCUUUUUUAAAAAAUUCCAUUAACUAGAAAAGUCUUAGAAAGGGAUUCUUGCAACCCUUCCUUUAAUUUUGUAGGUAUUUCCACAUCAUAUCUUCCUUCUGCUUUUUACCUAACACUGGCUAUCCUGUUUGUGGGCAUACUUCCUGUAAAAACAAACAAUGGAAUACAGCAGCAGCAGACAGAUUCUCAGGUUGAAGAAAGUUAAAAGUAAUUUUAAUUGCCUAUCAAGUAAAGAUAUUCUGCUGGUCCCACAGAAUGUAAGGUCAUUAUAGUUAUUGGACCAAUCUAGUGUACUUACUGAUGAAAAAUUUAUAUACACUUUAAAGUUACUCAAAAUUCUUCACCAAACACGAUAUAGAGAUUAUUCUCAGAUGUACCAUUUAUUCACAAUGUUUACAGCCCCUUGUCUUCCACUGAUAUAACUGUAUAUUUAGAGUUGCAUAAUCUGGGUAUUUUCCUUAUGAAGUGUGCCGUUUCCAGUAUUCUUCUUCACCAGCUUUCUUACCUCUGUGACAAACUGCGUUAAGAAGAAACUAUAACUUGUGCCUCCAAAAGAGGGACAAAACAGCAAAUAAUUCCCCAAAGUCAAGCUGUGUUGCAUGUGGCCAGUAGAGGGAGCACAAACAGCACUUCUGCAUAUUGUUGAAUGACUUCCAAGAGUAGGGACGGAUCUGAAAAUGUUCAGAGAUGCCGUCAGUGCUCCCAGCUUCAAAAAUGAUGUGCAGCUGACUGGACUAGAGCUCUUCCAAGCAUGAAGUAGAACAGCUGCUCAGGAUCAGCCCCCACACCAACGCUGCUUUAAACUGAAAACAGGAUGGGGCUACCUCUCUGUCGUAACCGGCUGGUCUUGAAUGUCCUGCCAUUUAGAGAAGCCCAAGUUUCACUUCAUCACAGCAAAUCCAGUGAUUGUGAUUAGGGGAAAUUUGGUGAAAAUACACUUCAUAUUGGGCGGGUGACGGCAACCUCCAGGCAGUGUGGCUUAAAUUCAUUGCAUGGGGUUGUUUCUGUUGCCACCCCCAGAAAAAAAUAGAUCGGAUGUCAGACCUCCAACAUCAAGCAAAAGACUCAGAUGAAUCUGCUGUUAUGAGCUGCAAAAUGCUGUCUUUUUUAAAAGAGUGUUUUGGGAACAAAAGAUUUCUCAUGUCAUCUGUAAAAAAAACCCAUUAAGCUCUCAAGAUCCUAGAAGGUUUAUUGUUUUGUUGAAUCCUGUUCCUAUUAGCUAUGCAUCAGUGAAAAGCCAUAGAUUCCCUUUGUUUAUUUUUUUUAAGUACAAUUUUUCUGUCAGAUGCUUAAGAAAUAUUUUGGGCCAAGACUGCAUUGUACAAACAAUAUUUUAAAUUUUCUGUAAAGAGUAAAAGGGGCCUUUCAUUAAUAUUUAUUCUAUUAUACAGUUCCCUGCUAGAAUGUGAAUAAGCUUUGCUGAAUUAAGUAUUGAAGGGAAAUUCUAGCGUGAAUACGUCUUUUGAAAAAGUCUAUUCUGACUUGCUGUUUCUUGAAUAAUUAUUCUUCUGGAAUAAUUAGAAAGUAUGCAUGCUGGCAAUCUCUUUUAUACUAUCCACUGUGUCUUUUAAUAGUUUUUUUUUUUUUUUUGCUUGUGACUGUGUGUCCUUCUAUGGUUUAAAAAAGUAAUUUCUUAGUUAUGAACAAAAUCAUUUGAUGUAUAUACAAUAUUUAAAUAUUAUACAGACAGUUUCUUCAUGAAAUGCUAUUUUCUUGUACAGGAUGCUUUACCCCUGUUGAUUUAUAUUUAGUGGUUAAUUUUAAAUAACAUAGUUCUCAGUCUGUUUCGGUAAUUAUAGGCUUUAAACAUGGCAAGAUAUGAAAUGCACAAAGCUGAUCUUAUAAUAAGGGGAGAGGUAUGUCAGCGUGUCAGACAAUACCAUGUUCUUCUUCUUGCUACGCAAAUAAUAGCAUACAGACUCUAGCUGCUGGGUUUUUCUUUUUCUUUCUCUCUCUAUCUCUCUUAUUUGCUUUAAUGGGCUUAAUUCCAUUUAAAGGGCUUCAUAGGAAUGACAGUACAUCUACAUUUUCCUCUCAUAAAAAAAAUAGGUAAUAAUUUAGGAUGUAGGACAUUUAUUGAAUUCUCUGUAUGAGGUCCAGUUUUAAAGCAUCCUUCCCCCACCCCCAAACGAUCUAGGAAACUGCUAAACUAGUUUGGUGUGGCGGUUAUAGUAUCAGAUGAGUUAGGAAAAAUCGAUCCAAUUUCAAAUCCCCACUCUGCCAUAACUCACUGUAUGGCCUUAGGCCUCUCUUUUUCUCACUCUAGUCUACCUCACGUUGUUGUGAGGAAAAAUGGCAGAGUGAAGAGCCAGAUAUGUCAUCCUGAGCUGCUGAAAGAAAAAAGCUAUAACUCACUAAGUUAGACACAGGCCACCAGUCACCUCUGGCAGUUCCAUCAAACUCAAUAAAACUUUCCUGAUUGCCCCGGAGUAUAAAGAGGUGGGGAGGAUGUCAGCUAUGUGGCUGGUGGAGAGCAGUUUCCCCCACCACUUGCUAGAACACACUGCAAAAAUGGUGAGAAGCCAGAUGAACUGAGAGGAUCAGUAGUAUGGUCACCACCAAAUCAUGCAGCAUUUAAUGGUGUACCCCUAGAGUGGGCAAAACACCAGCCACUCUGGAUUAUUAUGUCUUCUGUCAACACUGUCUAUUUUUUAGUGCCUGGAAAUAGAAUGGCUGUCCAAGAGCCAUAUGAACCAGCAAGGCUUUGAAGAUAGAACUUUCUUUAGGGAUGUCUUCAACUUCUGACUUUUCACAGCUUUUUAAUUGUCUUGGAAUUACAAUAUUCCAUUUGUCAUUCACCACACUGUCUAUUCUGUGCCAGAAAGCAACUCUAGACCUCUUCCACACAUGCAGAGUAAUGCACUUUCAAUCCACUUUCACAAUUAUUUGCAAAUGGAUUUUACUAUUCUGCACAGUAAAAUCAAGCUGCAAAGUGCACUGAAAGUGAAUUAUUCUGCGUGUGCAGAAGAGGCCUCAGAUAGCAUAAGCCCAAAACAGACAGUUGCUUUGAUUGUUGUUAGAAUUUCAUAAAACCUUUGUGAGGCUGCCCUCUGUUUUAAUCCACAUCUAGGUUGGAAAGAAGUUUCUUACAGGAAUUCCUAAGGAAUACACAGCAAAGGUUGUGAAAUAAACCCUGCUACUGGAACUUUUUUGUUUAAAAAAAAUUAAGAGAAAUCUCUGAGCAAUGCUUCCCAACCCUUUCAAUGUAUUUGUCUGCAGACAGUAUAAUGUCAUCUAUAAGUGCUUGCUUAACUCCAAUUUUGUGUACCUGGAAUCUUCUGUGGUUCACCAAACUGCAAUUUAUGUCACAUAUGCAAGAUCAUUUGUGGAUUAGUUAACAUGUUAAACUUCCCUUUGUCAACCUAACCAGAUAAAUGUAACAGUGUAAAAAGAUGCAUUUUUUCAUC